CUGCAGACAGACCCGGUGGCUCAUGACUGUCACCUAAGCAAUCCGAAGGACGAGGAAGAGGAUCGCCACAGGUUCGGGGCCAGCUUAAAUGAGAGGCCGAGAAGACUGUCUAAAUAACAAACAAAUAAAUAAAUAGCCGUGAUGCCACACGCCUGCAAUCCCAGCAUUAGGGAGGUGGAGGCAGGAAGAUCAUAAAUUCAAGGUCAUUUUAGCUAUACAGAGUUCUAGGCCACUUUGGGCUAUAUAAGACCCUGUGUCAUGAAAUCCAAAGCCAAACAAAUAAAAUAGAUGACUACAAGAGACCCACGGAAGAGCGCCCGGGUGGCAGUGGAGAAGGGCAAAUGUGGGAACAGCAGAGGGCGCCCCGCGCCCCGCGGGGUAACACCGCCCCCUCCCCCGCGCCCUGGCCGGACUUUCCAUGCUAUUUUUACGCGCGGACACCGGACACCCGGCUGGGGUGGCUGCGGCGUCGGGGCCACACGUCCGUUCACCGGUCGCCCGGGCUGUGCGCGCCAUGGAGCCACGGUGCCCGCCGCCCUGCGGCUGCUGCGAGCGGCUGGUGCUCAACGUGGCCGGGUUGCGCUUCGAGACCCGCGCGCGCACGCUCGGCCGCUUCCCGGACACGCUGCUGGGGGACCCGGUGCGCCGCAGCCGCUUCUACGACGGCGCGCGCCGCGAGUAUUUCUUCGACCGACACCGGCCCAGCUUCGAUGCGGUGCUCUACUACUACCAGUCAGGCGGCCGGCUGAGACGGCCGGCGCACGUGCCCCUCGACGUCUUCCUGGAGGAGGUGUCCUUCUACGGGCUGGGUGCGGCGGCGCUGGCGCGGCUGCGAGAGGAUGAGGGCUGCGCCGUGCCGCCCGAGCGGCCGCUGCCCCGCCGCGCCUUCGCGCGCCAGCUCUGGCUGCUCUUCGAAUUCCCCGAGAGCUCGCAGGCUGCGCGCGUGCUCGCCGUGGUCUCCGUGCUCGUCAUCCUGGUCUCCAUCGUGGUCUUUUGCCUGGAGACGCUGCCAGACUUCCGCGACGACCGCGAUGACCCGGGGCUCGCGCCGGUAGCGGCUGCUACUGGCCCGUUCCUCGCUCGGCUAAAUGGCUCCAGUCCCAUGCCAGGAGCUCCUCCCCGACAGCCCUUCAACGAUCCAUUCUUUGUGGUGGAGACCCUGUGUAUCUGCUGGUUCUCCUUUGAGCUGCUGGUGCGUCUGGCGGCUUGUCCAAGCAAAGCUGUGUUUUUCAAGAAUGUGAUGAACCUUAUUGACUUCGUGGCCAUCCUGCCUUACUUUGUGGCCCUGGGCACAGAGUUAGCCCGUCAACGGGGCGUGGGCCAGCCAGCUAUGUCCCUGGCCAUCCUAAGGGUCAUCCGAUUGGUGCGUGUUUUCCGCAUCUUCAAGCUAUCCAGGCAUUCGAAGGGCCUGCAGAUCUUGGGGCAGACACUGCGGGCUUCCAUGCGAGAGCUAGGUCUCCUCAUCUUCUUCCUCUUCAUCGGCGUGGUCCUCUUUUCCAGCGCAGUCUACUUUGCUGAAGUGGACCGGGCAGACACCCAUUUCACCAGCAUCCCAGAGUCCUUUUGGUGGGCAGUGGUCACCAUGACCACGGUCGGCUACGGGGACAUGGCACCUGUCACUGUGGGUGGCAAGAUCGUGGGCUCUCUGUGUGCCAUUGCAGGCGUGCUCACCAUCUCUCUGCCGGUGCCUGUCAUCGUCUCCAACUUCAGCUACUUUUACCACCGGGAGACAGAGGGCGAAGAGGCAGGGAUGUUCAGCCAUGUGGACACACAGCCCUGCGGUACACUGGAGGGCAAGGCCAAUGGGGGUCUGGUGGACUCUGAGGUGCCUGAACUCCUUCCACCACUCUGGGCCCCUUCUGGGAAACACAUGGUGACCGAGGUGUGAGGGACAGCUGGGGUCUCCAGGAAGCAGUGGGGUGGGAGGGAGGAGGGAAGGCAGGGUCAGGUGCUGGGUUAAGGACUAAGGUGGUGACGAGAGGGCACAGAAUCUGAAUUUGAAGGCAUGUCACAUGGUAGCUUCUAGGGGGACCUUAUGUGACACCGUGGCCAGGACUUGAAUUUCGUCCAGGCCUUCCCCAUUGGUUGUGCAAUGUUGCAGAGCUGUCCAGAUCUCCAGGGACUUGGUCAUAUAUUGUGAGUUUUCUAGGUGUAUAUGGGGUCCCACUGGGGGCAAGUGUGGCCUCAUUCAAGUGGAUGCUAAGUAGUUAUAGAGCUUUGAGUCCUCUGGGGCCAAGUUGGCCCUGCAGGUCUCUAUCACACUGUCAAGAGGGAGCAUACGGCUCCACGGCCACACACACGGAGGUUAUGUGGAAAUACGCAGCAGAUUGUAUGGACUCACGUUUCUCCUAGGACUCAAGUUAUUUAAGAUUCUGCGAGCUCUGGAGUCUUGAAGGCAGAGCGUGAUCACUCUGGGUCCUGAUGGAAAGGGUUAGGGUAUAAAGGAGAGAAAGAAGCAGAGAGAGCAGCAGAGACUCGGAGAAAGGGACAGAGACACCCCCCCCCAAACUAUAGUUCUCUGUAUUGUGCAGGGCUAUAGGGCUGGAACCCGUUCAGGGCCAUGCAGAGCUGAGAUGUGUGACUGACCACAUGAGUCUCCUAACAGUUGAGUCUGAUGACUUCUUUGGUCUUGUGUGACCAUGCUGACUCAUGUCACCCUGAGUCCUGCGGAAAUAUUGGUUGCAUUUGACUGUAUGUGAGGGCCAUAGGGACAUGGGGCCAUUUUAAGUAGUAGCAUCAGGAUCCAAGGGUCACAGCACAGAUAAAGCUAACUGCAUGGGAGCAAGCAUGGGCAUGCGGAUGUGUGUGGCCCACUGAACAGCUUGCUCAGGGAUAUGCACUGUAGAGCUGGUAGUUUCUGUCUCCUUGAGUCCCCCUGCCCCAAUCACCUGGAAAGACUGGGGACUAGUAGUCUGCUUACCUCACUCAUAUGGGACCCAUUUCUAUGUUGUCCCAUGCUGUAGUACAGAGAUUCAGAGACUGGAGCCCCAAGGAAAGAAAACGCAGUAGGGGAAGAGUAGGUAUUUGGAAAAGAUGUGGCAGGAGACAGAGAUCUAGAAGGAGAGAGAAUGAUGGAGAGAAGGAAGAGGAGAGGGGGAGGGAAGGGAAGGGAAGAAAGGACGGAGGGAGGGAGGGAGAGACAGAGAGGGGGAAGAAAUCAAUCAUGAGAGAUGGACACCCAGCGACAGACAUCAGACAUGCAGAAGAGGGAGGGAUGCAUGAGAGGUGGGUGUUUCAAGAGAAACUUGGAGCCCAAGGGUCACCCUCUCUGUUCUCUGAGUCAUAACAGACUCUAAGCCAUGGUGUCAGCAUCCCUUCCAGCCAAGGAAGGUCACCAUAAUCCUGGAGGUGCCCUGUGUUUCCUAGGACAGAAACCCAAGGCUGUAAAGUGCUGUGGCUUCCCCCAAGGUUACCCAGCACGUCAUAGGGCCAGGGCUGGUGGCAGGUGGCCUACCUGUGACACCCCCACAACUUCUGGUAUUCAGGUAUUGCCCAAGGCCACUGGUCCUGUGUCUGUUUUGUUUUAACCCUUUGAAACAGGGUCCCUCUAUGUAGCCCUGGCUGUCCUGGAACUCACUAUGUAGA